AAUUUAUCUGAAACCACCACGCCCAGUCGCCACUUUUUGGUAUUUACCGAGAUAUUUACUCAUGGUGGCGAAUGUGGUGAUUCUUGUCUUCUUACUAUUACUACAAAUAAGUGUUUUCAUCCCAAAGGAAAUACGCAGUGCUGAUAUAUACAUAACAGUUGGUCCUACUGAUUCUGACAUCACUGUUCCUAUUUAUGAGACAGCAAGUUUUACUUGUGAAGGAGCUGGCGAUGAACUGAAUUGGAUAGUAGGGAGUGAUUCACUGACAGAAUCAGUUAAACAACAAAGAGAUAUAUUCUUUACUGAUCCUGCUGUUGGUCCUGGUAACUUAUCAUCAGUACUUACUAUCACUGGGUUACCUGAUAAUGAUGGGAUUGGGAUUGCCUGUCAGAUAAUAUCAUAUCCACCACUUGAACAAGUGUCCUCUGGCACUAGUACACUAGCAGUAAGAGGAAUAUCACCAGUUGAAGACAUACAAUGGUCUAAUGAUGAUCAGUUAUUGUCAUGGUCUCCUCCUUCUUUCUAUUCUGAUGAUAUAUUUUUAGGAGGUUAUUCUAUUACUACAUAUAAUGUACUAGUGAAUGGUAUCAGUUAUAUCAACACUACUGAUACUAGUGUAUGGUUGAAUACUACUGGAUUACCUUGUACUAAUGUUACUGUCAGUAUUACUGCAUCUAUUGGACAAUAUGUAUCACAAGGGAGAGAAUAUAAUUUUAGCAUUGCUACAAAUCGUACUAUUUAUAAAAAAAGUAUUACAAUGACUUUUAAUGAAUCAAGCCAAGCAUUUGUUGCUAAUCUUACUACCUUAAUACAUAGCAAUGUUUCGUGUAAGUAUACAAUAGUUAGUAGAGUUUAUCCUAAUGAAGGAAUGGAAAAAAGCACUCAGUUAGUUGAAGCAAAUGGAAAAGAAAAGAUAUUUUCAUAUGGAAUGGCUGGAUUAAAAACAUGUACAAACUAUACUGCUCAUAUAAAGACUUAUGAAAAUACUACUGUAUGUGUAGUUCAAUUUUCUACAUACAAUGUACAAGAUGUGCUAGUAUCUACUGAAGGGAAUGGAUCAGUUAGUGUACGGUGUGUGUUUGUAUCAGGAUCAACUGCUGAUGGAUGUCAUGUGAUAUUUACUGAUACUAGUAAUGGAAGGAAUGAAUCCCUUACCAUAUUAGGAUCUGAUAAUAAUAAAACAAUAUAUCUAUCAUAUAGUAGAACAUAUAAUGUAAUAGCACACGACAUUAUUGAUAAUGGCAGUAUUGCUCCAUGGACUUGUGUACAACCUAAAAAAUUCAAUGUGACUAUCAUACCAUCCAUUAUUAGCACCACUAAUUCUGUUGAUUCAAUGUCUUCUAAUAUAAAUGAUGUUCUUAUGUCUCCAUUACCUUCUCCAACUGACAUUACUGAGGGAACUGAUGAUGGCCCAUCACCUGGUUCAGAAACUGGUAGUAACUCCAAGUUUUAUAUCAUUUCUGGAGUGAUUUCUGGUGCUAGUUUAUUGGUGAUACUCAUAGUAAUACUCAUAGGGGUAGCAUUGUUACUGAUGUGUAAGAGACGAGCUCAGGUUGUUUCAGAUUCAGGAAUUGCUACCUGUCAUCAGCCACAAGCAGUGAUGAGUCAUUAUGAGAUACAUGAUCCUAAUGGAUCAGUAGCUAUUGAUAUGUCAAAUGAUGAAAGGUCUUCAGCUCCAACAACUGAACCAGUACAAAGGAAUAUAGUGGAUCAUUAUCCUACUGAUAAAUUACUAGCUAUUAAGAGACAAAAACUAAAUAUCUCAUCGCCAUCACAUAGCAUUGGCUCUGUUGAUUCACCUUCGAACAGUACUACAGUGAUACAACAUGAUGAUGAGACAACUGGCAAUACUGGUCCUACUGUUACUCUUAGUAGCAACACUGCUACUUAUGCUGAUAUUGGUAGGAGGACUGAUACUGCUAAUGUACAUGUACCACCACCUACUGUUGAACGUGUUGAAUAUGCUUAUGUUGCUGGAGAUAUUAGCAAGAGCGGUGAGGUUAAUACUUACAAGGUUGAAGGCAUUUGUGAUGAGGAUUCAAAGGUUUCUUCUGAUUUUGUCAUUAAACACAGUGCUGUUGCUGUGUCAAAUACUGACUCACCUCAGGCUUCACCAUUUGAAGUUGAACAAUCAAAAGAUGAUUCAUCCAGUCGUUGGUUUGAAUACCUCUUUGAUGGUAAUAAUGAGUCUACUCCUCUUCCUGUCUGGAUAUUCCCUCAUCAACCACAUAGAGAUAACAAUAUUGCAGCUGCUACUUCCACACAAGAUGGAGAAAAGAUUAUUCUUUGUUAUGAUGAUUUGGCUAUAAUGCCUCUUGAAAACCUUGACGAUACUUCUGGUGUGAUGAUAAUUCCUUGUAGACAACUACAGCAACUGGAAGUAGAGGAAGAAAUAAAUAUUGAAGUAUCAGUGUGUUAAGAAGAAGUGCAAGCUUUGGCAAUAAGGAAAGACAACAUUAAUAUUGGAUAGUUUUAAAUGUACAAAUAAAUGAUGCAACAAAACGACAGUAUUAGAUCUAAUUACUCUGAUACUAGUAAUUCUACUACUCAUUUUAAAUUUGCUUUUUUGUAUUUUUGCAAUAUAAUCUGAUUGAAUUAAGAAUGUAA